AUGUCCUCGGUAGCAUCUUCCUCACGCUCAGCAUCACCCGAAAACAGUAAAGCAUCACCAUCAUCCUCAGAUAAUGAGAACGUCCACUCUACUAGAAACUCACAAAGCCCCGGGCCGUCCAACGAUGACUCCCCUAGGACCUUUGCCUCCCUAGGUAUCAUUCCAGAACUAUGUCAAUCAUGUGCCACUCUGGCCUUCAAAGCUCCGACUCCCAUACAAGUCGAGGCCAUACCUUCCGCUUUGCAAGGAAGAGAUGUGAUAGGUCUGGCUCAAACGGGAUCGGGAAAAACGGCUGCGUUCUCUUUACCAAUAUUGCAAAAGUUGUGGGAAAAUCCUCAGCCUUUUUUCGCAUUGAUUUUGGCACCGACCAGAGAAUUGGCUUAUCAAAUAUCCCAACAGGUCACUUCCCUAGGAUCCCCCCUUGGCGUACGGACGGCGGUCAUAGUAGGAGGAAUGGAUAUGAUGUCACAAUCCAUUGCUCUUUCCAAAAGGCCGCAUGUCAUAGUCGCGACUCCGGGUAGAUUGAUGGAUCAUCUGGAGAAUACCAAAGGGUUUUCAUUAAAGAAUGUCAAAUUUCUCGUGAUGGACGAAGCGGACAGACUUCUUGAUAUGGACUUUGGACCUAUCAUCGAUAAAAUCCUCAAGGUAAUUCCAAAGGAACGGAAUACGUACCUAUUCUCCGCUACAAUGACUACGAAGGUUGCCAAGUUGCAGCGGGCGAGUCUGAACAAACCUGUGAGAGUUGAAGUAGCCACAAAAUAUUCGACCGUUUCUACCCUCCUCCAGCAUUACCUCCUUCUUCCACUUAAAGCCAAAGAUACACAUUUGCUAUACAUCGUCACUGAACUUUCUUCUUGCAGCAUGAUCAUCUUCACCCGUACUGUGGUUGAUGCUCAACGUUUAUCAAUCAUGCUGCGUCGCUUGGGAUUUCCUGCUAUACCCCUGCAUGGCCAAAUGUCACAGAGUUUGAGAUUGGCAAGUUUGAACAAGUUCAAAAGUGGCGGAAGGAGCAUUCUUGUAGCGACGGAUGUGGCGAGCAGAGGCUUGGAUAUCCCCUUAGUGGACUUGGUUGUUAAUUAUGACAUGCCCAUCAACUCGAAAGAUUACGUCCACCGUGUCGGUCGUACAGCCAGAGCGGGACGGUCAGGCAAGUCGAUCACCAUGGUCACACAAUAUGACGUCGAGAUCCUUCAGCGUAUCGAAGCCCAUAUCGGUAAAAAAAUGGAAAACUUCGCUGUCGAUAAGGAAGCCGUGGCUGCGUUUUCGGAGACGGUGGCUCGUGCUAAUCGAGAGGCGGCUCUUGAGAUGCGUGAAUCUGGUACGGGAGGUGGGGGCGGCAAGAGGGGUAGAGAUAAAGGCAAGAGAAAGGGAUGGGAUGAUGAAAGGGAUAGAGAUGAUGAUGUUGUGGAAGGAGGUAUGCCGGCCAAGCGAAACAAGAACAAAUUUACGGCUGGUAAAGGGAAGAAGGGUCGAUAA